UGCCCUCUGGCAGUACGCAUGGGGCAACAGAUAGAAUCCGCGGUGGUUUACAAUAUUUCCAUUUUUAAUGAGUAGGCCUAUAUAACCGUGCGCAAGUCAAAGUUCUCGUUUUUGUUUCGUCAAACAGUUAUGGUUAUUCAAGGGCACCUAAAAACUAUUCAGGACUUCGGAUUUUUAACUGAACACCAGUAUGUACCGAUGCGCUUAGAUAAUAAUAACUAAUAGCAAUGACUCGUAUUGUACACUCCAACAGGGUUUUGUUGUGUUUUAUUAUUAUUAUCUAUUUUACAAACGUCCAAGAAGACGCCCAAAUCUGAGACUAAAUGUCGCCAGCUAUAACAUGUGGCCAAAAGUCACUCAAAUAUUUUAGAAGAUGAUCUUGAGGAGACUAUUUCAUGCUCUUCCUUUCGUUGCUCUGUCUCUCUUCAUCCUGGUUUUACUGGAUUUACAACUGCGCACCCGGAGUGACCAACAAACCAGUGCGCAUCUUGCGCACGAAAGUAUAAGGAGCCAGGCACCAUCUACAUCAAUUACCACAGCUGUAAAUCAACAUAGAGAUGUUGCAACUAAAGAACACAAGCCAAAAAUGGACAAAUGGAGGGAAACAAAGCCAAAGUCACCAUUAGAACUCAAUGAGAUCUUCAUUGCGGUGAAAACAACUGGAAGGUUCCACAAAUCCCGCCUUGCUCUUCUUUUGGAGACCUGGAUCACCAGGACUAAAGACCAUACAUACAUUUUCACGGACACUCCCGAUGAAGAUAUUUCCUCUGAAGGAUUCAAUAUUGUCGUCACGAACUGCUCCCCUGAACACAGUCAUCAGGCUCUUUCCUGCAAAAUGGCUGCUGAGUACGACCACUUCAUGGCCUCCGAUAAAAAAUGGUUGUGUCAUGUUGAUGAUGAUAACUACUUGAACCCUGGAGCCCUGCUCUCUGUCCUCUCAGCCUUCCCAGUGGACAGCGAUAUCUAUGUGGGCAAGCCGAGCCUGGAUCGACCAAUGAAAGCGCAGGAGCUUCUGGAAGGAAAUAAGAUGAGGGCAGUUCAUUUCUGGUUUGCUACAGGAGGGGCAGGUUUCUGCUUGAGCAGGAAGUUGGCAGAGAAGAUGGCACCCUGGGCAAGUGGUCCCAGGUUCGAGGAGACCUCAGCAGUGAUAAUGUUGCCUGAUGACUGUACGGUGGGCUUCAUAGUUGAGAGGCGACUGGGAGUCUCCAUGGUCCAUAGCAGCAUGUUCCACUCUCACCUGGAAAACCUCCUUCUUCUUGCCCCUAGUGAUAUCCCAAAACAGGUUACUCUUAGUUACGGAUGGUUUGAGAAUAAAAUGAACAGUGUGGAACUGAGAGGAUUCUUUACCGAAGAAGAAGAUCCAUCCAGGUUCAGAACAGUCCACUGUCUUCUAUAUCCUACAACAAGUUGGUGUCCAGUAGCCCUUAAGGACGGCCUGCCAUGGAAUCAACGAAUUCACCUGUGAUGCAACUUGCUGCAUAGAGAACAUUAAUGCAUAUUGUGUGAAUUUCAAUUUGUGAAGUUUCCUACAAGACAUUUCUGUUUUGCAUGGGCAGUGGUGUUAGCACUUAUGAUCUUGGCCUCAACGAUUUCACAUCUUUCAUCCACCAUCAAAGAUCUCCCACAGACUCACACAGUGCAGGUACAUGGCAUCACACGAAAGCUGCUUUUAAGUAUUGAAAUCCACAUGUAGUCCUCCACCUAGGCUAAACUGCUUCUAUAGGCCUGAAGUUCAUGUUCUUUUGAGGGAUAAUCCCCAUGGAAAGCCCUAUGGACUGAACAACUCCCUCUGAGGUAUCUCUUAUAAAUCUCGGAACACUGUUAACAUGGUGUUGAUUUCUGUUGUAAGAUACCUGUACAAUACAGCAAUGAUAGUGGUGUCUACCGCAAUUGUGUGUUUGUUUAAAGCAUUAUGCCUUAAAGCAAUGCAUGGUGGUUAAAUUGUUCAGCAACCCUUGGGCGGACUGGGAAAACUGAGAACUCUCAGAGUUUAACUGAGCCAUUAUUGAUGAAUUGGACCUGUAAAUUGGACCACAGUUGCAUAGAAUUCCCAUAGCUUCAUACUUAAAGUGUAACUCCUGUCUGCACAUUUUGAUUAUUGCUAGAUAUAACAGUUGCUAUACUUAUCAAAUGUAGUGGUGGGAACCACAUAUUUGUCAAUGCUCUGUAUAAGUGAACAAAAAAAAAAAGUUUUACUUGAAGAUUUUAAUGCCACUGACAAAUGUUUUGCUUUCAAAAUGUGUCAUUUCAGCUUUUCACUUCUAUAGAUGUAAUUCUGUUCUUCCAAUAUCUGCCAUAUUUAGAUGCCAAGAAAAACAAUAUGGCAUUUUGAAAAAGUGGCAAUAUUUCAAUACAUUUUUGUUACUUACCGUAAAUUUGGUGAACUAUUUAUGUUCAUAUUGUAAAUUAUGUUUGUUUAAUAAUUGCUAAAGAAUAUCUACAUUUCAAAUCUAAUUGAAUUGUAUCUCAAAACAGGGUCAUCCAUUUAUUUCUUAAUAUUAUUGUAUUCUUUUUCAUGCAUUGUACACAUAUUUUGGAUAAUUAUGGUAACAUAUUUGUACUGUAUGUAUAAUUAUAAUGUGAAGCACUUAAUAUAGGUGGAUGUCCACACAAAGCUGUGUUUUGGCCCCAGAGGCCAUUUAGUUGCUUAGUAGUGUUUGAAUAAA